CGGCUAAUGAAAGAGGAGGAGUCUAGGAUCCCGCGGUGCAGGUUGUGUUACAAUAGGGCUGUUGUGCUGCUUCUGAAAGGAUCCGCGCCAGCUAGUGAGCUUUGCAAUGAAGAGAGAAAGAAUGAAAGGGAGCGACUGAUGCCUGUGCCCGUCCCGUCAACGGAACACUGCGCGUUGAGCUGCCGAAUCCGUUGUUGUAUAUAGUUUGAAGGAUGUACAAGGAUGAAACGUCUAAGGACAAUAACCAGCAGUGACAGUUCCGACAAUGAAAGCCCUUCCACAUCCUUCUCAUCUGGUAAAUAUGUUGGCAAAACGGGUACAUCGAUCAAAGAGCCAAAGAAACCAGCUGAGGUGUUUAGAAAAGACCUAAUUAGUGCCAUGAAGCUUCCGGACUCUCACUACAUUAACCCUGAUGAUUACUACCUCUUGGCAGACACUUGGAAGGAGGAGUGGGAGAAAGGGGUGCAGGUUCCUGCCAGUCCAGACACUAUUCCACAGGCAUCUCUCAGGCUCAUUGCAGAGAAGUCAAAAGAGAACCUCUUCACACGUCAGAGAAAAUAUAUUCAGUGUUCUGCUCCAGAUCUUGUUGAUACUGGUUAUGUGAACAUUGUAGAGUUAGCCGAGUCUGUGUGCCAUUAUGACUUGGAUGACAUGGAUUUAUUUUGGCUGCAAGAACUUAACGUAGAACUGGAUGAGAUGGGAUAUAAUCUGGUAAAUGAAGAUACUAUGGAGAAAGUAAUGGAGGCUCUGGAGCGUCAGUGCUAUGACAAGAUGAACCAUGCAAUUGAGACAGAGGAAGGGCUGGGCAUAGAGUAUGAUGAAGAUGUCAUUUGUGAUGUAUGUCGCUCUCCAGAUAGUGAAGAGGGCAAUGAAAUGGUUUUUUGUGACAAAUGCAACAUCUGUGUACAUCAGGCCUGCUAUGGAAUUGUUAAAGUUCCACAAGGUAGUUGGUUGUGCCGGACAUGUGUCUUAAGCAUCCAUCCACAAUGUGUCUUGUGCCCAAAGAGAGGUGGUGCCAUGAAAGCAACCAGGGCAGGGACCAAGUGGGCACAUGUAAGCUGUGCUUUGUGGAUACCAGAGGUCAGUAUUGCCUGUCCAGAAAGGAUGGAGCCCAUUACCAAGGUUUCUCAUAUACCACCAAGUCGCUGGGCACUGGUCUGCAGUCUUUGUAAGCUGAAGACAGGUGCUUGCAUUCAGUGCUCUGUGAAAAGUUGUAUCACAGCUUUCCAUGUGACUUGUGCAUUUGAAUACAACUUGGAGAUGAAGACUAUUUUGGAUGAGGGGGAUGAAGUCAAAUUCAAAUCUUACUGUUUAAAGCACAGCAAACCUAAAUCGGGAGAACCUGGGCAAAGCCCUUCACACCCCAAACCAGCUACAGAGACUGAGAAGACUAGUCUUAGGGCCCAGAAGCUGAAGGAAUUGGAGGAGGAGUUUUUUGCUCUGGUGCGGGUGGAAGAGACUGCUGUUGAACUUGGCCUGCCUGAGUAUGUCCUGGACUUUAUCUUCCAGUACUGGAAACUUAAGCGAAAGUCUAAUUUUAACAAGCCCUUGUUACCACCCAAUGCGGGAGAAAAUGCACUUUUGCACCCUAAAGAAGAUAGCAUUCAUACACGCAUGAGAAUGUUUAUGCAUUUACGCCAAGAUCUUGAGCGGGUAAGAAAUCUCUGCUACAUGGUAAGCCGGAGAGAGAAGCUAAAAUUGUCUCACAGCAAAGCUCAGGAGCAGAUCUUUAGUAUGCAGGUGAAGCUUAUCAACCAGGAGCUGGCUACAGGACUUCCUUUGUCGUGCCCUCCAGAAAGUGUUCUGUUCAGAACUCCUCCCAGAAUAACUUUGAAGUUAAAGAUGCCAAAGGUGAAUUCAGGAACCAGCAAAACAGUCUCCAAGUCAAAAAAUGGACCCUUGUGCCCUGAUAACAGUGGUAAUGUUUACAAGAGUAGUACUGUUGCUAUGCACAGCCUCCUUAAAGCCAGUGAGAAACUUCGGUCGCAUCAUCAUCGAGUCCACAAAGGUGAUGAUUGCAAUGGUUUGCUGUCAAGCUCAGGGCGUUCACAGCCUGAGACAGUAGGAGUUAGCGAUGUCUUUUCCAGUACUCCUCGUGGGAAACCUUCAGCACUUCACAUUGGUAUGCAUGUCCAGUCUUCAAAUGGGGACAGUAAACUUGACCAAGAAAGAGCUUGUCCCAGCAAAUCCAAUGGAGUGGUAGACAAGGCAGUGAAACACAGGGACAGCUCCUGUCAAACGACAUAUGAGCAAGGUCUGUCUAACCAUUUUUCUGUUCAGGGAGGAGGUACUUUUCGAAAAUCAGCUAUGGAACAUUUCAGCCGUUCUUUCAAAGAGGUCACAGACAGCCUUAUGAGAACAACUGAGGACUUAAGGAGUUCAGAAAAAUCCUCAAGAAAAGCUGCCACUAAGGAGCGCCUGUGGGCCAAAUCAGUCCCUGAGAGACAGAGUGGUAGCAAACACAAUUACCAGGAGAGCGAUGGCUACUGUCCAGAUCUUGAACUGAGCGAUUCUGAACCUGAGAUCAAUGACAAGCGUAAGCUUCUACUCCUACAGCGCAGUAGCUCAGAAUGUGAAAGUCCUGGUCGAAAUUUUGGCAAAGGCAGCAGCUGCAACAAACUAAAAUUAGUUCAGCGCUCAUCUGUGCAAAGGUGAUGACAAAACUGGAAAGGGAUUGUAAUGCUGCAUGUCUUGAACAUUAGUCUUUCAGAGAUUAAGACAAAUGAUGUGCCAAGAGUUUUUCAUUGACUGCUCAACAGCAACUGUGAAUCACUGUUCUGUCUCAGAAAUGAUCUCCGAUCAUUAAGCUGUUGUGUUAUGGUGCUAUACAAUUACGGUUAGAAGAGAUUUGGAGAAAGCGUUACUGCCAUGAGGUGUGCACUGUGUAAAAAAACAUUUUUUUACACUGCUAAAAAAAACAA